AUGGCCAGAAAGUCGAUUCCAGUCAUGGAAUGGGCCCAGGCCCACCACAGUGUUGUGUUUGAUGACGAUUACGAGCCUCGACAUAUUGCGCCUGCCCGCCGUGGAGGACCUGAGCAGCGAUUUAGAAGUCUAAGCAUGUCACUGUCAUGGAAGCGGCCCAAGCAUUCGCUUUUCGGCCAUGAUGACAUGCGCGACCCAACGCACCAUGGGAAUGACGCUGCUAUUGACGACUCGCAUGAUGGACCUGAACAUCCUCAAGGGCCGACCCAUGUUAAGCAAAGACGGGCUUCGGGAAGCCUCAAGGGCAUCAUUCGCCGUGCAUCCAUGUCCUUGAAAGGGAUCAUGCAUCGUCGGCCGUCUGUUGCCGCAGCGGAUGUGAUCUACGAACAAGGCGCUUCAAAUGAACGACCCACGACAUCACACGGUCCUUGGAACCGCCUGGGACAAGCGGCAAACUUCCACCGUUCUCCUUCUUUCUACGACUUGGACCUGUACCGUGAUCCCAACAAGCACGUCCCCAUCCCUGGACUAGGAGAUGAGCCGCCCGUCAUCCCUCAUCACACGGGAGCGGCAGCCAAGGCCUCGGCGGCUAUGCAAAAUGAGUAUUUUGCCCGACAACGAGGGCUAAACCCUCCCUCUAGCGACGAUGGAAAUGACCGCGAGAGUGGCAUAGGCAUUGCGGUAACCAGGCUAUCCGUAGACCUCGACAGCGUCGAACAGGAAAGCGUUUUAGAACAGGAUUCUCGCAUCAGCCGCAUUGAUUUCGUUUCCGAGUUACCCGCAGAGCUGGCUAUUCACAUCUUAGCCUGCUUGGAUGCAUCGGCCUUGGCCAAGGCGAGUGCCGUGUCUCGUCAGUGGCACCACACUGUUUCGAACCAGCACAUCUGGCGCGAGUCUUGCCUCAGAGAAACAACGGGUACUUAUGCUACCAGUCGUCCUGUGCAACCGGGUGCUGGCAUGGGCGUGCCCAAGAUUCACCCACAGAAUGACUGGAAGCAGAUUUACAAGGUCAAGCUGGAACUGAGCCAGCGGUGGAAGGAGGGCAAGGCCCGUCCAGUCUACUUGCAUGGGCAUACUGAUAGUAUCUAUUGCCUGCAAUUUGAUGAAUUCAAAAUUGUGUCGGGCUCUCGGGACAAGACCAUCCGGGUCUGGGACAUGCACACGAUGGAGUGCAAGCUGGUUAUUGGACCCCCAGAGGUCGUUGACGGCCCGCAUUUGCUGGUGGACGAAGAAGGCAACCCAAGCCACUACGCGGCAGGAUCCGACAAUGAGCAGACCGCCUUGUCACUGCCAAACACUGUGUCUUUCCCCGAGCACCACAAGGCUUCGAUUUUGUGUUUGCAGUAUGACGAUGAGAUCUUGGUGACUGGCUCAUCCGACUCUACGUGCAUCGUAUACGAUGUCAAGGCUGGGUACCGACCAAUUCGACGACUUCGACAUCACACGGCGGCUGUUUUGGACCUGGCUUUUGACAAGAAGCACAUUGUGACGUGCAGCAAGGACAUUAGCAUCUGUGUAUGGGACAGGGAAACUGGUGCUUUACUUCGACAGCUCCGCGGCCACACCGGCCCCGUCAACGCCGUGCAAAUGCGCGGCAACACGAUUGUAUCUUGCUCUGGAGACUUCCGUGUGAAGCUGUGGAACAUUGAUACCGGCAAGAACAUUCGCGAAUUCGUCGGCCACACCAAGGGCCUGGCCUGCUCGCAAUUUUCCGAGGACGGCAGAUUUGUGGCAUCCGCCGGAAACGACAAGGUGAUUCGCAUUUGGGAUGCCAACACGGGCGAGUGUGUUCGUGAGAUGAAGGCGCACGAGAACCUAGUGCGCAGCCUGCACAUAGACAGCGUGAGCGGCCGACUUGUCAGCGGCAGCUACGACACCGACAUCAAAGUGUGGGACAUGGAAACGGGCAACCAGCUGCUCGACUUCCCCCGCUGGCACUCUAGCUGGGUACUCAGCGCGAAGAGCGACUACCGCCGAAUCGUCAGCACUGGCCAGGAUCCCAAGAUUCUCAUCAUGGACUUUGGUGCCGGAGUGGAUGGCAUUGGGCAGCUGGAAACCAGUGCGGCACAAGCCACCGACUAA